AUGGACUCUAUCUUUGAAGAAGGUUCGACUGAAGUUUCUCUUGAUAUGGUUGAGGAGGGAUCAAUUCGUCAGGUAACUGCUACAAUUGACCCUCCUAUGCUUGAUCUCGCAGAUGUAACAUCUAGUUCAAAUCAGCCGGUUAACCAUUUUGUUGCAGCUAGGCAGUAUCUCAAAAGUAUUUUGGAACAAUUUCGUAUUCCGGGUCAAACAAUAACAGAUAUUAUUACACUAUUUAACACGUAUAUUAAUAGUGAUAAUGAUAUCUUCUCUGAUGAUAUGAUUCAAGAACGUCAAGAAUACGGUUGGGAAGAAAUCUCUCAUAGAGAUGGCAAUGUAUCAAUCUUUGCAGAUAUCGCCCUUCGUGUUAUCUCCGCUUCACCUUCAGAAGCAACAUGUGAGAGAACAAUAAAAGACCAAAGAUUGAUACUAAAUUUGAAAAGAUUACGUUCUCACAAAAUUUUAUUAGAUAGCCGAGAAAUUUUAAUGGCUACAAAAUAA